GAAUGUACUUCUUUAAAUGUGUGAAUAGUGAACAACCAAGUUAAAUGAAUGUUAUACUGAUGACUUAUUGUGUGCUAAUUUUAAAUCCACUGCUUACUGUCACUCAGUAGGGAACUGGCUGCCCCUCUUUGCCAUCUUCACAGAGAAUUAUAAUUUUAACUUUGUCAGAGAUGGCAACAAAGCUGUCAACAUAUAAUGAAAAAGGGAAAUGAUACAAUGCACUUCUUCAAUUUACUUGCAACGUCUGUCACAGUGCCUUGUAAUGAGAAUCAGCCGCUUUGUUGCUUUCGUUGGACUUCAGCAAGAAGGGGAUUUUCUCUUUAUUUAAUGUGCAUUUUACACUGAAGAUUAAGAACACAGAUGACUUGAUGACACAACACAGAUUUUUUUUUCUACAAAUAGUUCAAUUUUAGUGUUAUCAGAAAGCAAAGUCACCUGUUUUUCAAGGCUGUCAUUCAAGGAUUAAAAGGAAUCAAUACAGUGUAUGCAAAAUGUUCAUCACGUGUUGGAUGCACUUGCUGCUGUUCUGUUUGUGUUGCCAUCAUGAGAUCCAGCCUGCUGUGUGCAAACCUUUGUGGAUGUCCUCUCAGUUCCCCUGUGAUGUCACAGCCAACAAUACCUCCAAUACCACUAAGGUCCUGUUUAACUGUAAAGGGAGACGCCUGCAUGAAGUACCUUCUGGGAUAACCAGUAAUGCAACUGAGCUCAACCUAUCAGAAAAUUUUAUACAUAAUAUUUCUGUUGUUUCAUUUUCCAACCUGCUGAAUCUGACUGAACUGGAUCUUAGCUGGGCAAACAAGAACAAAGCAGUGAUCAUUGCUGCAAAUGCUUUUAGAAAUCUGACAAAACUGCAUGGACUGAGACUGACUGGCAAUUGUCUGAAUGAAAUUCCCAGAAACCUCCCUCUCAGCUUGGAAAUCCUUGAGCUUACCAAUAACCAAAUUAUGCAUUUGGAUAAUAGGAGCCUCGCUGGUGUAACAAACGUGACACAAUUACGGUUAUCCAAAAACUGCUUCUUCUGGAAUCCUUGCGGGAAAUCUGUGAGGAUUAUGGACAAUAGUUUUGCAGUUAUGACCAAACUGCAAAAUCUGGAUUUGUCCUUUAACAACAUAACUCAAGUUCCCAAAGGAUUACCUCAGUCAUUAAGAGUGUUAACGCUGGCUUCUAAUGCUAUACAGGCCAUAUCUAAAGAUGAUUUUCUUAGACUAACAAAUUUAGAAGUCCUAAAAAUACAAGGGAACUGUCCCAGAUGUCAUAAUGCUCCAUAUCCAUGUGUUCCUUGCAAAAACGGUUCUCUUGCCAUCCAUCCUGAAGCAUUUCAAAGUCUACAAAAGCUUGAGACACUCAACCUUGGAGGAAACUCACUGACUUACCUGAAUCCCUCCUGGUUUGAGAAGCUGAGCAAGCUUAAACAGUUGUUCCUGUCAUUUAACUUCUUAAUAAAAGCAAUUACUAAAGAGGCAACAUUUCUAAGAUAUCUCCCAAGGUUAGAAAGAAUGGAUCUAUCGUUCAACUUUGCUCUCAAGUACUACCCUCUGACAUUAAAUCUAUCAGAAGAGUUUUCACAUCUCGUGUCACUCAGAACGUUGCACAUGGAGGGGUUGGUCUUCCAGAAUAUCGGACCGGGCACGCUCAAACCUCUGUACGAGCUCAAAAAUCUGUCUGCACUGAAUCUAGGGACUAACUUCAUUAUUCACUCCGAUUCCACUAUAUUCAGCAAAUUCCUGCGUCUGAAAAUGAUAUACCUUGCAGAAAACAGGCUGUACCCCAUUCCAGUGAAAAGUCCCCCUGAUCCAAGUGAUGGAUACAAUCAGAGGUCAGACCUUUCUAUUUCACCGUUCAUCAGACCCCAUCCGAAAGAUUUCAUUUACGAACUAUCACGUGGCUUCAUCAAGCAAGAGUGUUUUGAGUCUGGACGAGUGCUAAUCCUUAGCUCAAACAAUCUGUUCUUCAUUUCUCCAAAGCAAUUUGAGGGCUAUGGCGAUAUUGCGUGUCUCAACCUGUCAGGAAACGGAUUUUCAGCAGCACUUAAUGGAACAGAGUUUUCUAUGGUGCCCAAUUUGACGUACCUGGACCUGUCAUUCAAUAAAGUGGAUCUGGCCUAUGGCAAUGCCUUCAAAGAACUACAAAAACUAGAAGUGCUAGACCUCAGUAACAACCCUCACUACUUUAAAGCAUUUGGAGUAACACGUAAUUUAAAUUUUACAAGAAACCUGCCUGCUCUAAGGGUGCUGAAUAUGAGCCAUAAUGCCAUUUACACAUUAACAACAAAACAGAUGUACAGCAAAUCAUUAACAGAACUUCGAUUCACAAAUAACUAUCUUGGGAAUCUUUGGAAAGAAAGAGAUGGCUCGUAUAAGAUGCUUUUUACUCAUCUUACUAAUCUGACCAUUUUAGAUAUCUCCCACAACAGCAUUGCAAAGAUUCCAAACAAUGUUUAUGAACAUUUGCCACGUAACCUCACCAAAUUACACAUAAGUCACAACUCACUUACUGAUUUUAACUGGGAAAAACUCAAGUAUUUCCAUCAACUCCAAAUGUUAGACCUGAGCUUCAAUUCUUUAUCUAACAUAACAGGUAUAAACCCGAAUGCCACCCUCACUUUGACUUUCCUCGACCUGAGUCAUAAUCACAUUUUCCACUUGGACAGUGGGUUUCUAAACGGUGCAAAAAGCCUUGUAAAUCUGAGCCUGAGCAACAACAAACUGACUAUCAUCAAUCAAUCAACCUUUCCACCGAGACCUGAAUCUCAGAUUCAGACUUUGUUCUUGCAGAGAAAUCCAUUCCAGUGUACUUGUGAUUCUUUAGAUUUCAUUCUGUGGAUUGAAAACAGCGACAUAAAGAUCCCCAGACUAACCACUGAGGUGACAUGCGCCACACCAGCAAACAAAAAGGGGAACGUUCUGAUCUAUUUUGACAUCAAUCAAUGUGUAAAUAAUGGUCUGGCAUUCUCGAUCUACAUUCUCACAACUCUCUUCAUUGUUGGUUUUAUGUUUGUGGCAACUGUUGCUCACUUAUUUUACUGGGAUGCUUCCUAUGUCCUACACUUUAUAAAAGCAAAACUGAAGGGAUACAGAUCCUUGAACUCGACAGAAGGAGUUUAUGAUGUCUUUGUAACCUACGACACCACAGAUCCACAUGUCUCUGAGUGGGUGAUGAGAAACCUGCGAGUUAAACUAGAAGAGGAAGGAGAGAAGCAUCUUCCUCUGUGUCUGGAGGAGAGGGAUUGGCCCCCCGGAGUCCCACUAGUGGAAAACCUCGCUCAAAGCAUCCUGUACAGUCGCAAGACCCUUUUUGUCUUAACGGAGGGCUACGUUAAGACCGGGGUAUUCAAGUUGGCAAUGUUUCUGGCCCACCAAAGACUGCUUGAUGAAAACGUGGAUGUGAUCGUGCUGCUGCUGCUGGAGCCGGUCUUGCAGCACUCUCACUUCUUGCGGCUGAGGAGGAGGCUAUGUGGGGAGAGUGUUGUGGAGUGGCCAAGAACAGCUGCAGCUGAGCCCUGGUUUUGGCAAAACUUGAGGAAUGUGGUCAGAGUGGACAACCAGGUGAUGUACAACAAGACGUAUUCAAAGUACUACAGCAGCAAGUGAACCUGAUGGUGACUUUAAACUUUGGACUUCAAAAUGUGGACAAUAAUAUGUUUUUAAAACUCUUGGUCAUAUCAGCACUGAUGUGGUCCAUCACAACUUUUAUCACUUUGACUGGGGCUAAUUAUAUUUUACAGUGAUAAUGAAUGCCUUGUAAUUUGUAUGCAAAGAUUAUAUACAUAAAAAAAAUCUGUUUAAAAAAAAUGCCAUUUGGAGAUGUAAAGUUUUCAGUCUGUUAUGUGGUCUCCAUCUCACCUACCCAAAAUAUCUUUAAGGUCACAAGUUCAACCAAAUACAGCGAAAUUUAUUGUUAAAAUAAAAUGUGCUGCAUUCUCCUUUAUUUUAAAGGGGAACUACGCCCAUUUUCAAACUUCACACAUGCCAUUCCUAUAGUCCAAGACAAUGAUUCUCAAAGUUUUUACAUCACGUCUCACCUCAUAAAAUAUUAGACUCCAUUAACCACAACAAUGACCACCAUUAAAAUACAGUAGCGUAGGCAUACAGCUACAGAUAGUUCACACAGGAGGAAGGAUUAUUUCUAAUUAGAAGAUGUUUUAUAGUUGACUGUUGCCACAGUCACGCUGUAUGAAGGAUUAGCAAUACAACUAGCAUAUAAAGCCUUCCACAUAACUCAUCAGGUGCUAUUAGCUGGCACUUCUUAAGUAACUACUAUUGUCUUUAUUCAGUUUCAACAAGGCUGCUCGAAUUAUUCUUCUUCUGAUACGCACUUUUUCACAACAGCUGUCAUUUGGAGCCAUGAUUGCAGUGUUUUUAAACCAUUCAUUUUACCUGCGCUUACAAACUUGUCAUCAAAGCUUAGCUUGUAACUAAUCAUUGAUGUAUGAGCGUGCUACAUUCAUGAACAUGACUAUAGCAUGCUGAUAUUAAAACAAAAAUAUUACAGGAAAGGCUAAACUUAUUUCAGGGAUCUCAAAGUUUAAACAUAAUAUCAUUUGUAGUAUUUUGAUGGCAUUAUAUAUAUCUAAAUCAAUUUAUUACAUUUAAAAAAUAUAUGUAUUUCCCUGUGUACCACUAACAGGAGCUCACAAAUCACCAGUGGUACUCAUACCUUUGGGAACCAGUGGUGUAACACAGUCCAAAAAUAUUAGUAAACAACAACUCUCUCAAAUCCAGACGUGGGGGGCUUGAUAUUGUUCCUUAAAUCCUUUAAGUGGAAAAAAGCUCUCAUAUGUCUUCAAGUGUAAGGUAGGCUCCAUUUUCAUAGGUUGGUGUAUCUUACAAUAAAAUA